AUGAAUCUCUGGGGCAGAGGCAAAGACCCAUUGGGUAAGAAGAAGCAGCACAACCCUUUUAAGAACAGCCAUUGGAAGAAAGGCCAGCAGAAGCAGCAGCAGCAGCAGGUAUGGUACGAAAGGGGCAGCGGUACGGUGAGCGACCCGUAUGUAGCGUGGCUGUUUGACUGCUGCAUGGAAGACGACCUCAGCGAGAUCGCGAUGCUUGAUCAGACGAGCAUCGUCCACAAGGUUGCGAGGGCAAACGGCUUCAGCUGCGCCCUGAUUCGCAAGGGAUCACACGACAAACAGUGUGUAUACGACAACUUCGGGACAAGAAUAACAACGACGGCGCCCAACGGCAACAUCGUGGCCGAGUUGGUGGAUUGUGAUCCCCACAUUACCCUGUAUAUGGGUUGGGAUUGCCAUACGGCCAUGGUCAGUGGUCAUAUUUAUGUUAUGGAGGUGGCGGACCUCCAAGCCGGUAGGGUGGUCGUGAAACAAAUUGACAACCCAGACACCCAACGAAGGAUCGUCCACAAAGGAUAUGACAGGGUUGCUGAGGAGUUUUGGCUGUUGGGGGGUGUCUAUGAAAAGCGGUAG